CCGGCCCGCACUUUGGUAGCCCACGAGCCCGACCGACGCCGCAUCGUCUCCUUCGGCAGCGGCUACGGGGGCAACUCCCUGCUGGGCAAGAAGUGCUUCGCCCUCCGCAUCGCCUCCCGCCUGGCCCGCGAGCAGGGCUGGCUGGCCGAGCACAUGCUGAUCUUGGGGGUGACGGACCCCAAAGGGACCAAACGCUACGUGGCGGCCGCCUUCCCCAGUGCCUGUGGGAAGACCAACCUGGCCAUGAUGACCCCGGCCUUGCCCGGGUGGCGCGUCCAGUGCGUGGGCGACGACAUCGCUUGGAUGAAGUUCGAUGACGAAGGUCGCCUUCGAGCCAUCAACCCCGAGAGCGGGUUCUUCGGGGUGGCCCCGGGGACCUCGGAGAAGACCAACCCCAUGGCCAUGGCCACCAUCCGGGCCAACACCAUCUUCACCAACGUGGGCCAAUCCAGCGACGGCGGCGUCUACUGGGAAGGAAUCGACCAAUCCCUGCCCCCCGGCACCACUUUCACUUCCUGGUUGGGUCAACCAUGGAAACCCGGUGACCCCCAACCUUGCGCCCACCCCAACUCCCGCUUCUGCGCCCCCGCCCACCAGUGCCCCAUCAUGGACCCCAACUGGGAGGACCCUCGGGGGGUCCCCAUCGACGCCAUCAUUUUCGGGGGGCGCCGCCCCCAAGGUGUCCCCUUGGUCUACGAGGCCUUCAACUGGCGCCACGGGGUCUUCGUGGGCAGCGCCAUGAGGAGCGAGGCCACCGCCGCCGCCGAGCACAAGGGCCGUCGCUUGAUGCACGACCCCUUCGCCAUGCGCCCAUUCUUCGGCUACAACGCCGGCCACUACCUGGCCCACUGGUUGUCCCUUGGCCACCGCCGGGGGGUCCGCCUGCCCCACAUCUUCCACGUCAACUGGUUCCUCCGCGACCCCCAAUCGGGUCAAUUCCUUUGGCCGGGUUUCGGUCACAACGCUCGAGUCUUGGCUUGGAUCUGCAGCCGGGUGGCCGGAGAAGACAACGCGGUGGCCACCCCGGUGGGGUUGGUCCCCAAAGAAGGAGCUUUGGAUCUCGGGGGGCUUCCAGGGGUCUCCUACCAGAAGCUCUUCGCCAUCUCCAAGAGCUUCUGGGAGCAGGAGGUGAAGGAGUUGAGGAGCUACUACCUGGAGAACUUCGGAGAAGAUCUGCCCAAGGACAUCAUGGAGGAGCUGGAGGCCCUGGAGCAAAGGGUCAAGAAGAUGUGAGGUCGCCCGACCCUGCCCGGUGGCCACCAAAAGGGGGGUUGGUGGCCACCGGCGAUGGUGGGACGGCGUGGGGUGGUGGCCAUCGACGGUGGUGGCCAUCAACGUUGGUUGACCAUGGGUUGAUGGUCAUCGGUGUUGGUUGACCAUGGGGUUGGUGGCCACCAACGUUGGUCAAUCAUUGGGUUGGUGGCCACCAUCCUUCGUUGACCCUUGAGGGUUGGUGGCCACCAUUGGGUUGACCAUCAUCAUCCUUGGUUGACCCUCAUGGGUUGGUGGCCACCAACGUUGGUUGAUCAUUGGGUUGGUGGCCACCAUCCUUCGUUGACCACCAUGGGGUUGGUGGCCACCAUUGGUUGACCAUCACCAUCCUUGGUUGACCCUCUUGGGUUGGUGGCCACCAACGUUGGUUGACCCUCAUGGGGUUGGUGGUCACCAUUGGUUGACCAUCACCAUCUUUGGUUGACCCUCAUGGGUUGGUGGCCACCAACGUUGGUCAAACAUCAUAGGGUUGGUGGCCACCAGCGUUGGUUGACCCUCGAGGGUUGGUGGCCACCAA